GCAGGUUAGGUAACAUCUCCAUGGCCGUGAGCAUUACCAAGAGGAGGAGCUCAGUGUCGACCGCCACAAACAACACUUGAGUUUAAGUGUUGAGAGAGCAACUGUUGUGCGUAGUGAUCAUCUGAGUCUCUAAUGAUCAUAUGAGCUGUUCGGCAUGACUGACCCGACAGGAGAAAAGAGGAGCCACAUUUUAAUUGAAUGUUUCCUGAACUGCAGGGGCGAGGAGACUGGAUGGAGGUUCCCAGGUUCAGCCGCAAGCGUCCUCUGCUGAAUGGGUACGAAGAGGAGCCUCCGCUACAUUUAAAGAAAUGUCUGGUGAGACUGAAAACUCUGCUGGACAGAUGUGAGACUGACGGGCUGCACAGAGCCAGACUGAAGACAGGCUGUGGACACUCCUGCACACCUGAGGCCUGUGUGAAUGGAGGCAUAAAACACCCGACUGACGCCGAGAGCUUAUUGGAGCAGAUAUCGUCCUGGGAUUCCACGCAAGACGCUGUGAGGAAAGUCUUGGAGCAUCUUAGGUUCGGACAAACCGAUGAUGACAUUUUCCUCAACGACUCUGUCAACGAGAGAUUCUUGCAGUUUCACUGUGACAUUACUGAGGAAUGUGGUGCAGAGGAUAAGCAGCACUCGUGGGCCGUCAUUGAGAAGCAGGAGGAGAUUGUCAUGUACGGACCUUAUUAUCCGAAUUACAACAACGGAGAACACAGCGAGGACAUCAUUAUCAAACAAACCCAGGAACUCCUGGACUCAGAGGCUGCCUCAUCAGACUGGAAGGUGUAUAUUUUCACCAUGAACAGCCCGUGUUUGGCUAGAAACACUGAUCCGUGCAUGCUGAAUCUGGUUCGGAGAGCUCAGGAGUGGUGGAGAGCGUAUGGAGUGAGGACUCAUAUAGGUUAUGUGAAAUGCUGGGGCUUCAAGGGAACGAAAGAAAAUCUGUUCAGGGAUGUUAACUACAGGCAAGUGGACUGUAUAGGUCAGACUGAGGACCACGCGGGCUACGUUAAAGCGGCUGAAAAGAGCACUGAUCUUAAUCCUUUAUGUGAAAACCUGUUUUCUCCUGUCAAACGCCUCCUGAGAUCCGUGAGUUUCCCUUUGAUUGUGCAGGGUCAAGACUGGAGGAGUCACUUCAAAAGAAUGCAUAGUAUUUUAGCACAAGACACGACAGAAACCUUCACGCAGGAAGUGAACGCCAUGAUUGAAGCUGCACAGGCCCUGCUUUCAGAAAAAAGUGCAAGUUUUGAGGAGUGUGUAGAAAAAGGACAAGGGUUUGCAUCCGGUCACGCUUUUAGCUCGCAAGUAUCUGACGCCGUCCAGGAUCAGACCAGACUCACGUUUCAGCAGUGCUGGAGGGAGAUGAUCCAGGACAAAUACGCCGAGUUCAUCAGGGAGAAGCUGACUGAAGACUUCAAUCAAUCCACUGUCCAGCUUUUCAUCAAAGAUGUUGCAAAGUUCACAAAACAAUACUUACAAAUUGGAAGGGUACAGUUUUCAGAAGAGGGUUCAAAAGCUCCUCAAGUUGUCUGAUAACUGAUGACUAAAUAUGUCGCAAAUGCAUGUUAGUUAAGUUAGUCAGUUAGAAUGAUUGACACCAAACCUUUACAUCAUACAUACCAUUUGCAUUAUGUCAAAAUGCUUUGUCUUUAUUAGUUUCCUCAGUAGAGCUACAGUUGCACACGGAGGAAAGGCCAUCAGGUAGUGUUAGUGCACACUGAGAAAUGUCCACCUCUCACUGUGUCUUUACUUACAAUAUAUCACAAAUGGUGUAUUACAAUUAUACUGGAGUGGAGUUUUUACAUAUAUGCUUGUAUAUUUGUUUUCUGUGUAAUUACAUGUGGCGAUAUCCCACAUUUACACACGUCGACCCCAUGCUCGUCACAAGCAAAUUAAAGCAUUAAGUACGGCUGACAAAUUUUACAGUGUUCAUACAAUACUCCAUAAAGUUUAUCAAACAACCUUCAGAUGAUAGAUGAUAACUGUGUGGUUUGAGGUUGUGCCAUUAAUAAUAAAUACUAGCUUUGGAAAGGUUCGUAAGUAUUAAGAUUUCUUGCAGGUGCACUUCUGCAGUUGUGUCAGCAGAGGAAGCUAUGUGCAGUGACUUCCAUCCGCAUUGAUGGUGUGCAACUUACUCGCUGCAUAGGUAGCUGUUUUCAUAGAGGUGCCAAUACUGACUUGUUAUUUCACACUUUAAAUCAAAAGGACAAAAGCACACCGUUCAGGUGACAGAUCAGGAAACAGCGAGCCAGCAGGCAGCUGCCUCUGUUGCACUCAGGAGGAGGUCCUGGUUACUGAAGGUCAUUUCCCUGGUGUGUUCAGGAGUGAUGGAUGUCUUGAGCAAGUUUACGAGAAAUGCUCCUGAUCAGCUUGUGGAAUUAGACGCACUUUGAAAUUACACCUGUGCAUCACACAGUGAAGUCUUCGAGACUUAGCCGCCCGGCCACAGCUGACUGCACGAUUGUGUGUGGUGCUCAAUCAUUUGACACCCUUUAAAUACCUCAGCAGCAAAGUACUUUAGCAGAUCUUCUGGACACUCCACAGACCUCACCACCUUGGAACAAUUCUAAUCAUCUGCCAAACAUACAAAACUGAACUGAGCACACUGAAGUCUGCGGAUUGUUACGUAACCUGCACACAUAUAUAUAUUUUUAGUAUAGACUUUUGACUUAUUGAAAUCUAAAUUUAAAUGCUUUUAGCACUGCAAACAAAGUUCCAUUCACCUUCACUGCACUGGAGGCAUUUCUACAACUGAAUACCUCACAUAGUUGUUUUUCUUAUUCAUGAAAGCUGACCCUUUAACUACAGCUGCUGCAACUCCUCCAUGGUGCUACGUUUGACAUUAGCAUGUGCUGUUGUGAUUCUGUACAUGUUUUGUCUGUCAUUUUACAGAAAAUUGUCCAUAAUAACAUGAAACUGAAGACAAAUAUAUUGAAAUAAAAACAUCUCAG